AGCGUCAUUUAGGAGCAGAGGUAGCCUGAAACCAGAGGGAUCUCCAUGAUUCAAAACCAGACCCACAGCAAAGUACUUUUAUAUAUUUUUUUUCUUUUCUCCAUAGGAAAUCCUGGCCUGGCCCAUCAUUUUCCUGACCACACCGCUAUGACAGGCUCGUUUUCUCUCAGAAAUUAAAGGAAGACACACAACUGGGGCUGAUUCUUCCUUCCUAAUCCAGGGGUUUCCCUGGGAAUGGACAGCCUCCCUCUGAGCUUCCACCCUGGUGAGACUCUGGAGCUCUAGGCCGUGAACCCAGCUAGGAAGAACCACUGGAAACAUGACUGAAGAGCCCGUGAAAGAGAGCCCAGGAGCUCCCAAGUCUCUCUCCCCAGCGCCAAUGGAGAAACUCCCCAAGAGGGAAGUGGUGGUCACCACAGUCCCCCUGGUCAGUGAGGUCCAGCUGAUGGCUGCCACAGGGGGUGCGGAACUCUCCUGCUACCGCUGCAUCAUCCCCUUCGCCGUGGUGGUCUUGAUCACUGGGAUAGUGGUCACCGCGGUGGCUUACAGCUUCAACUCUCACGGCUCCAUUAUCUCCAUCCUGGGCCUGGUUCUUCUCUCCUCGGGACUUUUCCUGUUAGCCUCUAGCGCCUUGUGCUGGAAGGUGAGACAAAGGAGAAAGAAAACCAAGCGGCGGGAGAGUCAGACGGCCCUGGUGGCCAAUCAGAGAAGCUUGUUUGCUUAAGCCUGAAGGAGACCAAAUGGGGUGUGGGGCAUGACAAUCUUGCUCUGACUUGGACGGCCCAUUCAUCCCGAACCAGAGAGCAAGAGAAUGCACCUGGCAUGGGAGCAGAUUAGGAAGAUGGAGGUGGAUUGAAGGAGGAGGCUGGAUGGAGUCCUGCCUGUGAGGAAUGACCUGUUUGCUUUAAGGUCUUCUUUGUGAAUGACUUCUUUAACGACAAACUUAUUCCUAAGGGCUGUUUAUAAAGAUGGAAGAACCAGCUUUCUCUGUACCUGAAAUGCGUUGGGUGAAGGGUGUAGGAGAUACACAACCUUAGACUGCCUUUGAGUCACUUGGGAAAGCAGCAGAGGGAUGAUGGGAAAAUAAUGAGAUAAUCCUGGCGCGACGGCCUCCUACCUCCUGAGGAGAUAGCCCGCGCUCUUUAAGACGAUAUAUUAAAAAACGAGUUCUGCUGAAGGUCUACAUUGCCUUGGACUUCACAUACCCGUAGGAAGUUCGGUGACCAUGUUUUUCCAUAUGUUGGUCCUCUGGUGUCUCAUUUUUAUUCUUCCCUCUCAGUAACUCAUCCCUGGUGGUACUUUACCUUAAAAGAUAAACUAAUAUUUUUUUAUAUUGUAACAUUGAACAGUUUCAGGUGAUGACAAUGAUGGGAUAGAAGUAAAUAAAAAGUAUAGCUAAUAGAUGAUGUGGGGGGUUAAAUUAAUAUUAAUAUAAUCCUGUAUAGCACUUUUGAUGGUUUUUAUAUAAAAGUUCAAUGUACAUUUUAUUCAA